GUUUUCGAGAGAGAGGAGUUUUCUUUUUUAGCUGAAGAAGAUCUGAACUUGCAAAACAACCUCGAAGCUAGUCCAUACUAGUGGGAGGUUGGUUUUUGCUCGAGCAAAAAACUUCCACCUUUGUUUCCUGAUUUGGUCCCCCGUUGUUUUGGGCUUCGAUCAAUUAGGUCCAAUAUUAUCCAAAAGUUUUGUGAAGCUUAAUCAGCUAGGAAAUUUUUUUUUUUUUUUCGUUUGUGAAGAGAGAGAGAGAGAGAGAGAGCUAUGGCGAGAGGGAAAGUUCAGAUGAAGAGGAUCGAGAAUCCGGUGCACCGGCAGGUGACCUUCUGCAAGCGCCGGGCAGGGCUGCUGAAGAAGGCGAAGGAGCUGUCUGUGCUUUGUGAUGCUGAGAUUGGUGUCCUCAUUUUCUCUGCCCAUGGAAAGCACUAUGAACUUGCCACCAAAGGGACAAUGCAAGGGCUCAUAGACAAGUACAUGAAGUCCAGCCCGGCUGCCGCUGCGGGUUCGGGUGUGGGUCUGGGUAUGGCCGCGGGUUCGGGUCAGUCAGCUGACCAGUCCAAGGACCCUAAUCAGGAUGCCAAAGAAGAGAUCACAAUGCUGAAACAAGAGAUCGAGACUCUUCAGAAAGGGCUCAGGUACAUAUUUGGAGGAGGAGCUUCAGAAAUGAACUUGGAGGAGUUGCUGGUGCUGGAAAAACAUCUCGAGAUUUGGAUUUGCCAAAUUCGCUCAACAAAGAUGGAGAUCUUGUUUAAAGAGAUCCAACUGUUGAGGAACAAGGAGGGAAUCCUGAAAGCUGCAAACCAGUAUUUGUUAGAUAAGAUGGAGGAGAAUGUAGAGUUUACUAACAUUCAGGCAGUGAUGGAUAAUAUUCCAUACCCACUAACCGUGCAGAACGAAAUCUUUCAAAUUUAGGGAUUAGUACUGUAUUUUAAUCUCUCUAUCUAUCUAGUAACUAUAUUUUUCCCUCCUCAUUUAUGAUAAUAACUAUAUAUUAUAAUUGGGGAGGGUUUGUUUGGUGUAAUGCAAGUUUUUUAUUAAUCUUUCAAUGUAAUGAAUUGUAAAGCGCAAUCAGCAAUGUGCGUGGUGACUUAUAUUCGUAUGUAAGUUGUCAAAUGAUAAUUAUGUUUUUAGUAUUAAGUCA